UUAGAAUAAAAUAGAAGUGGCAGUUUAGCUCGAUACCUGAAGCUGAAGAAAAUAAAAACAUCGUCUUUGCCAAAGAUUGCUAGUGCCACAGAGCAAUGCGCGGCCCACAUGUGAUAUUCGGAAUUGGUCUGUUUUUGAAUAUUAUACCUCUAGCAAAGGCACCUGCCUUAGACUUGAACAACAUCGAUCAAUUGAAGAAAGCAGCAUCUGCGGCAAUGAGCAACCUCAUGUCUUACUACAGUCCCAGUUAUAGAGGGGCAUUUGACACGGACAUCACGCCAUGGCAAGAUUCUUUGAUGAUCUGGAGUUUGCAUUUUGAUUAUGCCAGUGAUGUUGGAGACACCCGAUACUUGGCCACCGUCCAAAAUGCGCUGUAUCGUCAAUCAAAUAAUCAGUCACACUCUUUCCUCGUCAAGAAUGUCGUCGAACAAUGGAAUGGUGGGAUCCUCUGGGGAGCUGAAUGGUCGUUCACCCUCACGCUUGAAGCUGUGGCCGCUGCCGAAUUUUUAGGACCACAGGCCAAGCUACCCAAAUCCAGCGCAACCUGGAUAGGUCUCGCCCAGAAAACCUUACAACAAGUCGCGCCUCAGACUGAUAAUGGCUGUGGAGGGGGACUCUUUUGGUACCGAAAUAGGGAAGAUCCUAAGCAUGGAAGGUACAAGGCAUUCAACACUAACACUGAAUUCAUUUCGGCCGCUGCUCGAAGCUUUUUGAUAACGAAAGACACAAAGGUCUUAGGAUUCGCUCAGCAACUUGUAGAUUGGUUGAUUGGGCCCUCACGCCUCGCAGAUGUUAAGACUGGAAUCUUACAGGACGGAGUGGAUGCCAAAGACGCGAGCUGUCAGCUCUCUACGGACCAAUGGACCUACAACUAUGGCCUAUGGCUGGGCUCUAUGGCUUGGUUGUUUAAAGCAACAGGGGAUCAAAAAUACCUCACCAUGGCAUCAACCGUUUUUACUCACUCCGUCAAGAUCUUUGCCCCCAAGGGAAUUAUUGCCGAGAUUUGCGAGCCAACUUCUUGUUCACGUGACUCCAAAGGCUUCAAGGCCGUCUACAUACGAAAUCUGGUCUACUUACAUCGAGUGACUACCGACCAGGCCAUGAAAACUGCCAUCCAGAAUCUCAUCGAUACCUCUGUUAAAGCCAUGGCCCAAACCUCUUGCGAUGCAAAGUUCAACUGUGCCGCUGCUUGGGCUGCGGGUAGCCCACCAGAGAAAAAUGUCCGCUCACAGCAUGUGAGCACAGCUUUGUUGGUAGCAGCUAUAGGUAUCCGUAAACCUCCCGCAAACGCUGCCAGAGCAACAUGAGCUUCUUUGCAAGCCGGCGACAAAAAAUGUGGGGCUAAAUUCUAAUUCAUGGCUCAGAAAUUCUGUUCAAAGUUAUACAUAAUUCCCCUUCGUCAUAUUUCCCUCAAGCAAUGGAAGAUAUCCCGCUAGAUCAAC